UCUGACUUAAACACGCUCAGUGAUAUUUAAAUUGUAAACAAAUCACACAACAAGUUCUUUUUAUCAUAGGUUCAUCAGCUUCUUUACGAAAUGUGUUGAGAUUGUGGGUGGGGGAGAAAUGAAUCAAUAAAUAAAAGAUAUAGGAUGUUAUAAAAUACAACAAACGUUUGAAAUUGCAAUUGCAAUUAAAUGCUGUUGUUAUUAGGAUUGUAAGCGCUUUUCGUACGUUCCAGAGAGUUGAAUAAGAAACGUAAGAAGACAUCACAUAUGGAGGUAAGAAGGCCCCUGGAGGGGAACGUGGAAGAAGAGGGGAAAGGAUGAGGGGUGUCAGUGUUCUGUGGAAGGGCGGGGAAGAAGCUACUGCACAUUCGCACGUGACGUGAGCCCGACACUAGUGGCAUCUUGAGAGUUGGAACGUACUUCAAGGCGGUGGCGCUUUCGACUGUUACAGCACAUCACCUGAAAUGACUGUAUUGAGUCCAUCAGAAAGGAGUUGAAAAUAGGAAAAAAACACUAUAGUUUACCGCGGGGCUCGCGAUGUAGUCGGACUCAGUUGGCGACUGCUCACGUAGAAGUUACCACAUGCCGAUCAGUGGCAGCAGGCGGUUCUUGGCUAAGACACGCGGCUAAUCAGUUCGUCCACAAGACUUUGAGUACAGUACUGCACUGGCUCACCGUUCAGAUCUCUCUCAGUGGCCAGACAAUUCACACUGUUUUGUCCGGAGCAGCGUUUAAAGAAGUUGGAAGCUGCUCUAGGCGACAGUGUUAGCUCUGCGUGGCUUUGUAGCGUGUGAAUUCGUCUCGUUGUGUGGUGAACUACGUGUAACUUGAAACUUUGGCUCUGACUCUCUCAUGCACAUGCAGUCCUGUUUGGAAUUUCACCAUCCUGAUGUAGGCUUCCCGAGGUAUCCCCGGACAUCACCUUACGCCGUGUCGAUAAAGCAAGAAAACGGGUUAGCCGAGCCCGGCUACCCACCAGCUGCUACCCUGGGGUCCCCACCCUCGUCGGGUUCCAGUACAGGGUCGGAGAGUUUUUACGGUGGUCAACAUUGCUAUUUUUCGGGCAAAAACGUGGACUCCUACAAUACAGUCCCCAGACUCGGAGUUCUUGGUGGUUCAGCGUCCAUGUAUUCGAAAGCGGCUCUAGUAUGGCCUCCUACUCCAGACUCGUAUGUUAAGUCACCGGGCCUGUCUGCUCCCAACUCAGCUGCCCCUGUUCGCCCGGUGUCACCCUCAUCAGGCCUCGUGCACUGGAUGUCUAUGAUGGCUGACCAUGCCCACGUGAAUUUGCCCUCGCACCCUUCACCGCAUGAUGUUCAUUAUAUGUGGAAUGGAGUUGAGACAAAAAUGAAUAACCCAGACCAUCAAAGUACCCCUCAAAUGCAGAAAGGCCAAGGCAGCACGUUGGAUGAGGGGCGGUCACCCCCGAUGGAAUCGCCACAGAUGCACAAUAUGUAUGGCAGCCAUGGAAACGGCAACAGUGGUAGUCCCCCAGUGUCCAGUCCCAGCUCUGGUAGCUCCAUGCUGGUUGUUCCACAGCCAAUCAACGCGGCUACUAAAAACCCUGCCUCUAUAAACUCUGGCAAUGCUGCCACCAAUGGAACAGGUCGGAAAUACCAAUGUAAAAUGUGUCCUCAGAUCUUUGGUUCCAAGGCAGACUUGCAGCUACACACUCAGAUUCACAUGCGUGAAGCCAAACCCUACAAGUGUUCCCAAUGCUCCAAGGCCUUUGCCAACUCUUCUUACCUGUCCCAGCACACAAGGAUUCACCUGGGAAUCAAGCCGUACCGCUGUGAAAUCUGCCAGCGGAAGUUCACCCAACUGUCCCACCUACAGCAGCAUAUUCGGACCCACACUGGGGACAAACCAUACAAGUGUCGCCAUCCUGGUUGCAACAAGGCCUUCAGUCAGCUCUCUAAUCUCCAGUCUCAUUCUCGCUGCCACCAGACUGACAAGCCCUACAAGUGUAAUAGCUGCUACAAGUGUUUCAGUGAUGAAGCCAGUCUUCUGGAGCACAUCCCUAAACAUAAGGAAUCGAAACAUCUUAAGACACAUAUUUGCCAGUUCUGUGGAAAGUCCUACACGCAGGAAACAUUUCUAGCUAAGCACAUGCAGAAGCAUGCAGAUAGGAUGGACAAGAGGUCUCAUUCAUCUCUCGGCAACAACACGGCAACAACACCUCCGACACCUGUAUCUCGGACCCACAUGGAUAACUAUUGGUCAAAAAAUACUGCUCCCACACCAGGACCGGAAAAUUCAUAUUCUGAGAACUCUUCAACUGCAGCUAUUGUAGCAGCUGCUGCUCACCAUACUGCUCACCCUCACGUUCCAGAUACGUGUCUCCAGUCCCCGAUGGGGGAUCAGCCACGGCUUCAUAUAACGUCUAGAGAUUUGGAUCACAGACAGCCUCUAGGAAGUGGAGGGAACGGAAACACUACCAAUAGCAACCAUAAUCUCCGUGAACAUUCGGAGAUGGGACAUAGUGGCCAUCUUGGACCUUCUCAUUUACACUAUGACGGAAGUUCACUCUCUGUCAGCAGCAGUAAGACCACUUCAGCCUUCACCCCUAUCCAGUCGGGGAUGUUACCAAUCUCUUCGGGCUCACAGUUGUCAUUACCAACUGGACCAUCACGAUCAUAUUUUCCCUACGAGCCCGUCAAUUUUCCUAAAACCCCUUCACAGGUGAGCUCGAUGGAUUUGAAACCUGCUCAUAACUCCUUUCCCAAUCAGCUGAUCUCCUUACAUCAAAUAAGGAACUAUGCUUCCAUGCCAUCAAUGGCAGGAGGAGAACAUCCGAUCACUCUUAAAGACAAGGGCCAAUUGCUAUGGUUAGUCGAAGCCAGCAUGGAUGACACGAAACUUCCCAAACCAUCACCACUGCUUGCUCAGAUAUUCUUGCACAAGUCUGCCAUGCAGCAUCAUGCCCGGGAAGUCCAUCGUGGUGAUGUCAAACCCCACCAGUGUCAACAGUGUCUGAAGACUUUCUCGUCCAACCAUCAAUUGACCCAACACCUCCGAGUUCACACGGGCGAGAAGCCUUACAAAUGUUCAUAUUGUGACCGUCGUUUCAAACAACUUUCACAUGUUCAACAACAUACCAGACUUCAUACAGGAGAACGACCUUACAAAUGUCACGUCCAUGACUGUGGACGUGCAUUUAUUCAAUUGUCCAACUUACAGCAACAUUUGAGAAAUCAUGACAACCAAAUGGAGCGAUCAAAAAACAGACCAUUUAGUUGCAACAUCUGUGGUAAGGGUUUUGCUUCAGAAAGCAGCUUAAGAACCCAUCGAUCAAAACAACAUGCAUCCUUACUUGGAGGAUCUACUUCACAGUCUUGCCCUGUUUGUCACAAGAUCUGCAUGAAUGGAGAGGCCCUGAUGGAGCACAUGCGAAUUACCCAUAAGGACCCAAAUGCUUCAGGGACUCCAAACAAGCGUCGGACAACCACCUACCCUUGUCCUGUUUGUGGAAAAAGCUAUGUCAAUGAAGGAUCACUGCGAAAACACAUCACCAGUCACCCAGAGUCAGCUUCAACUAACUCAUCACUGCGAGUUUGGCCAUGUUCCGUAUGCCAAAGUGUAUUCACCCAAGAGAGUGGCUUACUUCAUCACAUGGAACAAAUGAGGAUGGAUCCAAAGCACCAGUUUGCUGCUCAGUACGUGUUAAGUCGAGCAGCAGCUGAAAGAAGAGAGAAAGAAGCUGGCACUACUAGUAACUCCAGUGUGACUGAAAACAGCAGUAUUUCCAGAGGAGGUUCCAGUAGCUCAUUUAGCACAAUGGGUGGAGCUCCACUACUUUCACCCAAUAAUAAUGCUUUGCCUAAAAUCUUCAAUUCCAGCAGAAUAUUAUUGUUUUAUAGAUUUUAUUUUAUACUUUAUUUUGAAAUACCUUGUACUUCCAAUAUGUGGUUGCUAUCACUCAUUGAUAAGCUUGUGAUGUUAUACUAUUUAAUUUUUUUGUUUUUUAUUUCUUUGCUGGUAGUUUGUAGCAAGGUUUAUUUUACUUUUUUCUACCCAAUGUGGAUUAAAAGAUAUAUGCUAGCUAAUUUCAAUGUUCUCUCCUGUUUUUUUUUUCCAUCUUUUUCUUAAGGUGCAUGUUAAAUUUUUUCAUAACAUAAAAGGAACACAUGAUUACAUCUCUUACAACAUUAUUUCCCCACAUUGAAUUGAAAGAACAUUUAAGAUCAAAGUUGAUUCCGUGAAAUUUGAUACUGAAUUUCUGACAUUCUUCAUACUUUUCAACUUAGUUUUGAUUAACUUUUUCCAGAACACUUUGAAACAGAUAUACAGUUCCUGUAAUAUCUUCCAUAGUGCUUAUUUUGUCCCCAAGAAUAUAUAAAGAUGUUACUUUGGUUUGAAACAAAUGCACCACUAUUGUUGUAUAGAAGAUUGUUUAAUUACAUUGUGUGUUCAUGAAAUUUUACACCUACAUGUUUUACAUAAUUUUCAUCUCACACUGUGCCAUAUUUACUGAAUAUCACAACAGAUGAUUACACUCCUAGUAAACCUAAUACUUGCAAGAUGGACUGAUAUUAAGUAAGUAUAUGUAUUUAAAUUAAGUUUUGCCAUACAGUAUACUCUAUUGCUUGUAGCUUAUUAUUUGAAUGAUUCCACAAUUUUUGUUUUACAGAAUAUAGACAAAACCAUUCCUAACAUGACUAGUAGUUUGACAAACAAUUUUAAACAGAACAUGACUGAUUGUCAUUUUAAACACAUAAUGUAGGCAAAUUAAUAUGUACAAAAUAUACAUGGACUGUUCUCAGUGUUAAAUACUCUUUUCUUUAACUACAGGCUUUCAGCUUUUUUACAGGAACUGUCAUUGGGCAACAGUAUAUUGAAUAAUGCAAAUUGUUUCUCUAUGGAGCACCUUUUUUGUUAUUUAAAGAAAGGUGUCUAAGCAACAUUUCUGACAGUACCAGCUAUCUGGUAUUAAAUCUGUCAAAAUGCUGAAAAUGAAUUAUGAUGUACAGCAUUAACAAUCAAUCAUUUAAACUUUUACAUAAAUGAAAAAAUCAGAGCUUGAUCUUUUUAGCUGUAUAACAAUAUAAAUGUCUUACGUACUGU